CUCAUAAAAAACCUUCACUUCCUUUCAAUUUUCAAAUCUCAUUCAAUUCACUCUCUAGAUUCUUCUCAAUUUUCCUUUCUCAAUCUGUGUUUCUUUCUCUUCACAUUCCUUUUUCACAUCUCACAGAAUCAAAAAGGGGAAUCCCUCUAUACCCAAUUGAUAAAAAAUGAAUGAUCUAAUGACAAAAUCAUUCACCAGCUACGUAGAUCUAAAAAAAGCAGCUAUGAAAGAUGAAGUUGAUUUAGAAGCUGGUAUUCCAAAAGAAGGUGUUAAUGUUGAAUUAACAUCUUCAAUAACCCAUUUGGAAACCGAUAUGAAUUUGUUCUUAGAAGAGGCAGAGAAAGUAAGAACAGAAAUGGGUCAAAUUCGCGAUAUCCUAACAAAGCUUGAACAAUCAAAUGAAGAGAGCAAGUCACUUCACAAAACGGAAGCUUUGAAAUCAUUGAGGGAAAGAAUUAACACUGAUAUUGUAACUGUUUUGAAGAAAGCAAGGUGUAUGAGGACUCAAUUGGAAGAAAUGGAUCGUGCUAAUGAUGCUAAUAGAAGACUCUCUGGACUUAAAGAUGGUACACCAGCAAUUUAUAGAACUAGAAUUGCUGUUACUAAUGGGUUGCGUAAGAAGCUCAAGGAGAUUAUGAUGGAGUUUCAGGGACUGAGACAGAGAAUGAUGAGUGAAUACAAAGAGACAGUAGGGAGAAGGUAUUAUACAGUGACAGGUGAACAUCCAGAUGAAGAAGUAAUUGAGAAGAUAAUAUCAAAUGGAGAUGAUGAAGGGUUUUUAGGAAAGGCAAUACAAGAACAUGGAAGAGGGAAAGUACUAGAAACUGUGGUGGAGAUACAAGACAGACAUGAUACAGCAAAAGAGAUUGAGAAGAGUUUGUUGGAACUCCAUCAAGUGUUUUUGGAUAUGGCUGUUAUGGUUGAAGCACAAGGUGAGAAAAUGGAUGAUAUUGAACAUCAUGUUCUUCAUGCUUCUCAUUAUGUUAAAGAUGGGACUAAGAAUCUUCAUAGUGCUAAACAAUAUCAGAGAAGUGGAAGAAAAUGGAUGUGCAUUGGGAUUAUACUUUUGCUUAUUCUUAUUCUCAUCAUUGUUAUUCCCAUUGCCACCAGUUUCAGCACUUCUUAAACAAUAUCAUGUUCUUUCUAGUUUUCGCAUCUUUGUUGAGUUGUGUACACGACUUAUCGUCGUUUGAAUUGCCUUAUGUUUUCAUAUAUUUCUUCAUAAGUUUUUUGAUGAUGCAAUUCAUCUUGUGAUCAUGUAAGCUAUUUACCAAUUAGAAAUAUAAUUGUUCUAUAUCUUGGUCUUAAUUA